UCCCUCAGUACACUCUGUAAAAUGUAUAUCUGCAUUUCUCUGUGUGUAUGUGAUGUCAAACAGAAGAUCUUUGUCGUCGUCGUCGUCGCCGUCGUCGUCGUCGCCGUCGUCGUAUUCAUCGAGACUUACAAAGCAGGAGAUCAAUGAUCUCAUCUUGAAGCUGCAGCCAUUUUUGCCUAAUCUUGGUUCAAGCUACAAUGGCAUUAGGGAAUCAUCAGAAUCAGAAUGUGCAGAAUCUGCAUGGAAGGUGUUGAGAGAGACGUGCAAUUAUAUAGAGAAACUGCAGAAAGAAGUAGAUGGUCUGAGUGAGAGGUUGUCUCAACUUCUUGCUUCAGGAAACAUCACUGCCAUUGAAGAUGAAGAGAUUACUACAUUCACUACACUUCUGUACAGCAGUGAACCACCCCACCCCACACCACCCCACCCCCCAACUGAGCAAUAAUUAAGAAGAGCUGUACGGAUUUUGUGCGAAGAUAAUGAUAAUAAUAAUAAGAGUCUCCCUAAAUAUUAGUGUGU